AUGCAACUUUCCGAAACACCGCCGCCGCCGCUCGCUCCACUUUGGGAUCGGAUACUGAGAGCGCGGGCUUUGCCACCAGAUAUCGACGUCGAACUCCUCUACAUCGCCAUCAGGGAUCGCCUCUCACAUCCAGAAUGGGAAGUGCGUCUUCACGCACUUCGAGUUCUCGCCGAUCUCUUACCCUUAUCAGGAAAUGCCCUCUCGUUUCCUUUCGAUCAAGUCAUCGACAAUUUGGGACACGGUUCCCCAAACGUUAGGAAAGCAGCACUAGAUGCUCUUAAAGUUUUCUGUACAUACUGCGAGGAUACAGAAUGCGCGGCUAAUGCUUUACUGGAUAAAUGUUUAUAUAAUAACAUUAGGCCACAUUCCGCGAGUAUUGAUACAAAAGUGAAUGUUAUAACCGGUUUAGUGCUUUCCAUCCCAUCCGUGAUGGCGAUUUUAAAACGAAGAAAUCCAAACCUGGAUAUGUUUCCAGUUUUUAACACGUUAGGGGAUAAACUUUUUGAUCCAGUACAUAGAGAUGUCGCUCUACGCUCUCUUAUGAAACUUCGGAGAGUUUGUAGACCACGUGACUACAUGCUGUCCUUUUCGAGACUAGAUCCCAAAGUGCAAGAUAAAUUUCGUUUACUAUGUGAAAAGUUCGAUGAAGAUUCUCUUGAUGUGUACUACGCUCCUAGAAGAACAAAUUACAGUAGUAACGAUGCUCAACAUUUAAUGAAAAUUAAUCACAUUUUUAAUAAUAACUUAACUCCAGUGCGAGUUUCCUCUGAUUCGUCUUCAGAAAAUUCGUUUACAGUGCCGUAUUAUACAAAUAAUUAUGCCAAAGUAAUAAUCGAAACUGAAAUUAAAUUUGAUUCUGAUACAGCAAUAACAAUGACUGUAUUAGAACAGAACGAAACUGAAUCCGAGAAAAACACGGGAAGCGAUGAAGAAGAUAGCAUUGAUAGGAAUAUGUUAAAAUAUAGUGAUGACGAGUCAGAGGACUCUGACGUAGUAGUGAAGAAAGUGAGAUUUGGCGGUGAGAGUGUUAAGAUUCGAACGCCAGAUAGUGAUAAUAUAAUCACUAGUGAAGAAGAUAACAACCAAAAUCCUUCCGCUUUGCAAGAAAACCAUAAUGUUGAAGAAGAUUUACCGACGACGCCAAGUAUAGUAAAUAAAAUAAACGACAUAAAGCGAGAGGUAAAUGAACGAGAAACUCGGAUAGGUCAUACAAAAAAGAGCGCCAUACCACUUCCUGUCAUAACUAAUCGGACACGUAAAGAGAAUAUUUUAGUUAAUAAUAAUAUUAAACCAAAAUCAAAAUCAUUGAGUGAAUUAUAUGAUUAUUUUUACAAAAGAAUGGAGGGUGAAGAAAGAAGGGCAAGAGAGAAAUCGAAAUUUGCUUUAACGUUAACGGAAGUACGAUCGCCGGAAAAAAUUCCUAGUCCGGUAGAAACACAUAAGGAGAUAGAGGUACUCCAUAAUCUUCAGAGAAGUCCAACUCUAUCUCCAAGAAGACAACAAACAAGAGUUCACAUAGAAAAGGAUGGGUUUUUACUGAACUUAGUGGCUUCAUCCCCGCCUGAAUCACUUAUGCUUUCGCCGCGACAGCCGUCGCCGCUGCAUAAACACUACAACUGGGAGGGCUUGGAGAUCGUGCCACCUCAUGUAUGCGACCAGCUUCAUAAUACGGAGAACUGGAUUGCUGCAGUGAAGGCCGCAGAUCAGCUCCACAGCACGCUGUUGGAGGUCGACAAUGUGCGGAGAGUGGAGCCCGCGGCCUUGUCGCUCGUUGAACACAUGUGGGCGCUGAGUGAAGCGGUACCCGCAACCAGAGCUCCAGCAGAAGGUGCAGUGUGUGCACUAGUGCGGGGCGCUAGUAGUUCAUGCACUCGCUUACUUCUACCCUCGCUGGUGGCCCGGAUGGGUCGAGAGCCACCGCCCGCUGCGUUGCCGCACGCGCUGCUGCAACGACUCGCUCUACACCACCUCAUAGAUCUCAUUUUCGAUCCUGACAUGAUUGGAGUGUCGGGCGCCGAGCGUGCGGAGGAGGCGCAGGUGCGCGCGGCGCUGAGCCUGGCGCGCGCGGCGGGCCCGGCCGCCGUGCUGGCCGCCGUGCGCCGCCAGCUGGCCGCCACGCCCAGAGCCGACGCUUUCUGUGCACAGUUGCGAGAACGUCUAAACAAACCCCUCGAGAAGAUUAGACCCAGUCAUUUCAGCAGGGGUUCUCAGUUACCGGUUCCAGCGAGACGUGCCAGGUCUACCCCGCCAGCGGCGCCCCCAACCAAACCACGGCGUUUGCGACCUCUGCCUGAUUCCGCUCCACUACCAAGUACAACUCAACCGGGAAGAGAUUUGAUACUGAAACCCUUAUCACCGAUUGCAUUAAGUGAUAGAGAUUCCAGUGCUUUUACAAGCAAUGCUGAAGAGAAGGAAUCGAAAACAUCUAUUGAGAAUGAGCAGAAAGUUCCGGAAAGUGUAGAUGAUAUAAAGGAAGAAACACAAGUGGAGGAUGUAAAUUGUAUACCUACACCGCCACGUUCCCCUUCUCUUCAUGUAGAAGAAUACUCAGAAAAGUCAAACCAAUCGCUACAAAGCGUCGACAUUAAAAAUGAUGAGUCAACAACAGAAAUAAAUAACACAGCGGUUGAGCCACAAAAAUCUACAGAAGCAACUGAAUCAUUAGAACUUGAACACGUCAGCGGAAAAUCGUCCGUCGCAUCUAAAAGUAGAAGCGAACCUUCAAGCCCAAUUCGAAGCGGGCGGAUAUCGCCUGAACUUUUCAAUGACGAAAACAGCGGUAGACGAUCGCUCAGCGAGCGGGAUGUACGGUCAGCACUCGCGGAAUGCAUUAUGCCAGCGCGGCACGAAGAUUGGGAGGCGAUCGUAACCGGAUUAAUGGAAACAGAGCGAUUGGCAAUGGAUGUUACUGCACGCGCCCCCGCUAGCAGUUGGCGGGCUGCGGCCCGAUCAGCUUCGGCUCAUGUUCGCUCGUUACGGUCCAAAGUAGCAAGAGCGGCGUGCUCUACAUUAGGAACGUUAUUUGAAAACCGCGGACGAGUGCUCGAUCCAGAGCUAGACGAAGCUGCGGGUGCUUUGUUAGAACGUUGCGCUGAUGUAAAUAGAUUCUUACGAGCGGACGCGACCAGUGCUUUAAGGCGACUCGCUUGCGGCAGCGGUGAAGCACGAGCAGCUGUCGCUUUAGCUCGUAGGGGUGCGACACACCGAGCGGGACCGGUUCGAGCGGCUGCCGCUCAAGCCCUAUCGGCUUUGGUACGCCAUAACGGCGCUUCAAGGACUCUAGACAUGGCCUCUGAACCACGGACGAUGCUGCUACGAGCCGCGGGUGAACUCCUAGGCGAUGCCAGUCCAGAAGCGCGGGCACACGCGAGGCAUCUUUGGCUCGCGCUUUCGGAGGAUUCGCGCUUUCCACAAUUGGUUAAAGACGCAAUGCCACCAACUCGGUACAGAGCUAUAGAAAAAUACGUUGACAAACUCCGUUGUCGGUAA